ACCUUGAACGUGCUUUGGUCAGCCGUUCGCUUCAGAUACACAGUUUGCAAGUGCGACGCAUGUUUGAUUUAUCUUAUACUGGAUUUUCGCAAGUGAAUAACAUCAUUCAACGUUUCCCAGUUGUUUUCCAUUCUUGUCUCAGGAUGGCACACAAUGGAUAUCCAGGGAUUGGUCUGCUUUACGGCUUUACUUUCGUUCUUCAGCUGCUUCCAAUCGGUAAUGGAGACGUGAGCUUUUCUAUUCCCGAGGAAAUGCAACCCGGAUCUGUCAUAGGAAAUAUAGCAAAGGACCUCGGGCUGAACUUCGGGAAAUUAUCGGCUCGAAAGGCCCGAAUUGACAGCGAGCUGAAUCGUGAACGGUACUGUGACAUAAACCUUAACACUGGAGAUUUGAUUGUAGCUAAAAGAAUUGACAGAGAGUCGCUUUGCGGCGAAAAGGCAUCUUGUGUCCUUAAAUUUGAGUUAAUCCUAGAGCAACCCCUAGAGUUGCAUCGCAUUUCACUACAAAUACUGGACAUCAACGAUAAUCCGCCUGUUUUUACUAAAGAUGAAAUCAAGAUAGAAAUCAAUGAAUUGGCUGUAAAAGGAUCUCGCUUCCGUCUUUUGGAGGCACAUGAUAUAGAUAUUGGGCAAAACGCUGUUCAAAGAUAUGCAUUACAGACGAACAAUUAUUUAGUGUUGAAAAUCCAGUCAAAAUCAGAUGGGGGUAAAUUUGCAGAGCUAUUGUUGAAUAAGGAAUUAGAUCGCGAGGAACAACAGGAAUUGAGGUUAUUGCUUACUGCAAUAGACGGAGGCAGUCCUCAAAGAACUGGCACUGCAACUGUGCAUGUGACUGUCCUGGAUGCUAAUGAUAACAUUCCAGUGUUUACCCAGACCGUGUAUAGAGCCAUUCUGCCGGAAAACUCUCCUAUAGGUACUCUGGUGGUGACCGUCGCUGCACAUGAUGCAGAUGAAGGUCUAAAUGGUGAGGUGACUUAUGAAUUAAGUCGAAUUUCGGAAACGGGUAGGAGAGCGUUUUCUUUAAAUCACACCACAGGUGAAAUUAAAGUGAUAGGGCCUUUGGAUUUCGAGAAAGAGUCGACGUAUGAAAUGCGCAUAGACGCCAAAGAUGGAUAUGGCCUUACUUCAGAUUCCAAAGUGAUGAUUGCAAUCUCCGAUAUUAAUGACAACCCACCCGAAAUAAAUUUAAAGUCUCUUAAUAACCCCAUACCUGAGAAUGUGUCACCUGGCACAGAGGUGGGCAUCAUUAAUGUGCAGGACAGAGACUCUGAGACUAAUGGACAAGUUCGCUGCUCCAUUCAGCAAAACGCCCCCUUUAAGUUGGUUCCUUCUAUUAAAAACUAUUAUUCUCUGGUGACCACAGGACAACUGGACCGUGAACUAGUGUCUGAUUACAACAUUACAAUCACCGCCACUGACGAGGGCUCUCCACCUCUGUCCUCCUCUAAAACUGUUCAGUUAUCUGUAGCAGACAUCAACGACAACCCACCGGUGUUUGAGGAACAGUCCUACAGCGCAUAUGUGGCUGAAAAUAACAAACCUGGCUCCACUUUAUGUUCCGUUAGUGCUCGAGACCCCGACUGGAGACAAAACGGUACAGUGAUUUAUUCUCUGUUACCCGGUGAGGUGAACGGUGCCCCGGUGUCCUCCUAUCUGUCUGUUAACGGAGACACGGGGGUGAUCCACGCUGUGAGGUCGUUUGAUUAUGAACAGUUCAGGAGUUUUAAAGUCCACGUGAUGGCCAGAGACAACGGUUCUCCUCCGCUCAGCAGCAACGUGACCGUGAGUGUCUUCAUAUCGGAUGUGAAUGACAACUCUCCUCAGAUACUGUACCCCGCCCCGGAGGGCAACUCCUUCAUGACCGAGCUGGUCCCCAAAGCUGCACACGGAGGCUCUCUGGUGUCCAAAGUGAUAGCGGUGGACGCGGACUCCGGACAGAACGCCUGGCUGUCCUAUCAUAUAGUCAAAUCCACCGAUCCGGGACUUUUCACUAUCGGUGUCCACAGCGGAGAGAUCAGGACCCAGCGGGACAUUUCUGAGUCUGACAGCAUGAAACAGAACCUUAUUGUGGCAGUGAAAGAUAACGGACAGCCCUCUCUCUCUGCCACCUGCUCCAUGUAUUUACUUAUUUCUGAUAACUUGGCUGAGGUGCCAGAACUGAAGGACAUUUCUUAUGAUGAGAAGAACUCCAAGCUGACGUCAUACCUGAUCAUCGCGCUGGUGUCUGUGUCCACCUUUUUCCUGACCUUCAUUAUCAUCAUCCUGGGUGUGAGGUUUUGUCGCAGGAGAAAGCCCAGACUGUUGUUUGAUGGAGCAGUCGCCAUCCCCAGCGCUUAUCUCCCUCCUAAUUACGCAGAUGUUGACGGCACAGGAACUUUACGCAGCACUUACAAUUAUGACGCCUACCUGACAACGGGUUCUAGGACCAGCGACUUUAAGUUCGUGUCAUCUUACAAUGACAACACACUGCCGGCUGACCAGACUAUGAGGAAAAGUCCGACUGACUUUGCUGAUGCGUUUGGAGUUUGUGAUGCUUCUCCUGAGUUCCAGUAAAAAGUUACUACAGACAUCUUGCUUCUUGAAUCCAGCAUCUACACAGAGAGGCAGACAGACAGAGAGAUGAAGAGAUGGACUUCUCUAGGAGCUUGUCUGUGCGGCAUUUAAACACAGAAUAAAAGCUAAGACCAGGGUCACAGAUUCUGGAAUUUGUUUAAUUUAGUUAAGUGACCAAUAUAAUGUACAGCAUGCAUCGUGGGACAACACAUAGCCAGUGUGUUGUCAGACAUUGUUUAUCCUAAACUUUUGGGGAUUGUAGUGUUACUAUUACUAUUAUCGCUAUGAAAUGCUUAAAGUUGAUCAAUUUAGAAAGAGUCUGGUUCUUGUUUGUUGCUUCAAGUUUGUGACAUCUUACAAUGACAAUGCUGAUCAGACUGUGAGGACAAGUCCAACAGACUUUAUUGAUGCCUCAUGAGUUUCUGUCUUUAAACAGGGAAUAAGAAAUGCUGAAGGAUCUAACUUGUGUAAUAAUUAAUGAUGUGAGCUAAAGGUUUUUGACUUCGGAGUUUAGGUUUGGUCCUAUGUAAUGUUGUAACUGCUUUAAUAUUACAUUUCCCACGUAUAGAAGUUUUAAUUAACCAAACAAGGCUUUCCCUUUUGGUGCGGAAAUGCUGAACAGCUAUUUAAGCAUAUGCUUGCGGGGUCUUGUCCUCAGCCACCUUCUCUUCCCAUUAUAAUGAAACGCAUAUAUUCUUGUUCAUAUGCCCGAGAUGUAAAUUUUGUAGUCACAGUUUUGUCGAGGCUGUUCUUGCAUUUUUUAUUUUUUAUUCAUCUUUUUGUAGUCUUCAUGUCUGUCUUCCCGCAAAGUUGGGUGGUGAUGGCGCAAUGGAUAAGACGCCUGCUUUUGGUGUGAGGGACCCCUCUUCAGUUCCCCACUGUGACCCAUCCACCAUUGUGUCCCUGAGCAAGACACUUAACCCCUCGUUCCUUCCAGAGGUGUGCGACCUCUGACAUGUAUAGCAAUUGUAAGUCGCUUUGGAUAAAAGCGUCAGCUAAAUGAAUAAAUGUAAUGCUCUCUUUUGGGAAAGGCCUUCUGAAUUCCCUUCCCCGUCCCUCUGCCCAUGGUGUUGAAAGCAGUUUAAUCUCCAACAGCAUCAUUUUAAAUAAACAAUUUCCCUCCAUUU